UUCCCGCGUUUCUGCUCCUCAGCUUCCGACCCUGCAGCCCGGGAGGUGCCGGGACUCAGGCUUCCGCACUCGCGGCUCCCCAGCCCGGCGUCUCGGCGCGGGCCCCUCUCCGUGCUCCCCUCUCAGCUCCUUGGAGCCCUGCCACACUUCCCGCCGCCCCAGCCUCUCGCCCACCAUCCCUGGGACUCCUUCCGAGAUCUUUACCCUGGUGGUCGCCGCGCCACGGCCGGUGGGAUGACCAGAAGGUUUUAUGCUGGCAUCUUAGUUCACCCAAGAUCCCGACUGGGCCUCUUACACGCUGGGCAUCUUCAUCUGUCUGAACUGCUCCGGCGUCCACCGCAAUUUCCCAGACAUCAGUAAAGUGAAAUCCGUGAGACUUGACUUCUGGGACGACAGCCUCGUGGAGUUUAUGAUGCACAAUGGGAACCUCCGUCUGAAGGCCAAGUAUGAAGCCAGAGUCCCUGCUUUCUACUACAUCCCCCAGGCCGAUGACUGCCUGGUCUUAAAGGAGCAAUGGAUUCGAGCUAAGUAUGAAAGACAGGAGUUUAUGGCUGAUGGGAAAACCAUCUCACCCCCAGGUAACCGAGAAGGGUUCCUGUGGAAGCGGGGAAGGGACAAGGCACAGUUCCUGAGAAGGAGGUUUGUCCUCCUGGUGAAAGAAGGCCUCCUGAACUACUACACUAAGGAAGAGGGUAAAGGUCCCAAAGCUGUCAUCAACAUCAAGGACUUGAAUGCCACCUUCCAGACAGAGAAGAUAGGGAACCCCCAUGGGCUGCAGAUCACCUAUAAGAGAGAGGGCCACAUCAGGAACCUAUUUGUGUAUCAUGAAAGUGGCAAGGAGAUAGUGGACUGGUUCAAUGCCCUCCGUGCAGCCCGUCUGCAAUACCUAAAAAUGGCCUUUCCUGAGCUCCCAGAGGCUGAGAUCUCACUUCCCCUUUGCCUCUGCCCUGGGCCCUGGAGCUCCGGAGAACCCCUUCUGCUCUCGGAAGGCGGGGCUGGCGUUGGAAGCUCUAGAUUUGCCAGGUUGACUCCUUGGAACAUAGAAGGCCCGCAUCAACCCUUGGAAGCUUCUCUGAGACUAGGAUACUCGUGCCCCUCAUCACCAGGAACUACCUCAAACAAGGCUUCAUGGAAAAGACUGGUCCAAAGCAGAGAGAACCUUUCAAGAAAAGGUGGUUUGCCCUGGAUCCCCAGGAACGGAGGCUGCUCUAUUAUAAGAACCCACUGGACGCCUUUGAACAGGGUCAGGUGUUUCUUGGGAGCAAGGAGCAGGGGUACGAGGUGUGUGAAGACCUGCCCAAGGGCGUCCGAGGGAAUCGCUGGAAAGCCGGCCUCACCAUUGUCACCCCUGAGCGCAGAUUCGUCUUCACCUGCCCCAGCGAGAAGGAGCAGCGGGAGUGGCUGGAGAGUUUCCGGGAUGUCCUCUCCCGCCCCUUGACGCCCCUCAACCUCCUCACCGCAUCAACAGAGAGUGGCCACAGCAGCAGGUGACCCAUUCGCUGAGGAACUCGCUGGCCACUGGUCACGGGAGCUCUUGGUAGGAGGGAGAAGUCCUCACUUUGGUCUUGAUUGCCCAGCAGGAGUGCCCUGCAGUUGGCAGCCAUCUUUGGUGGUGAACUCUGCCAGGACUGAAGCUUUGACCUUGACCCGCCGGCUCCCUGGGCCUCCCCACGGCCUAGCCCUGGGGGUGUGGGGAAUCUGGUACAUGUCCCCAAGGCCCAGAACAUCUGAAAUGAAGGCACUGCAAUGGAAAGGCACCUACAACAUCACGCCAGUGGCAUGCUUGUUCAAAAAAGAAAGUUUAAUCCUACCUAACUAACCGUGAGGAAAUAAUCAGCCAAACCCAUACUGAGGACAUUCUAUCAAACAACUGGCCUCGACAGUUUAAAAAUGUCAGCAUCAUGAAAGAUAAAGUAGUGUGGGAACUGAUCUGGAUUAAAGGGCUCAAGAGCAACACAAUGCAAAUCGUGAUUCUUGGAUCUUGGAUUUUAAAAAACAGCUAUAAAGGACAUAAAUUUGAAAAUGGAUGUGUAUUAGCUAAUAGUAUUGUAAAACUGAUAAUUACGCUGUAUGUGUGUAGGAGAAUGCUAUGUUCUUAAGAGGUAUGUGCUGAAGUAUUUAGGGGUCAAAAAUAACAAUUUUCAGCCUAUAACUGAAAUGGUUCAGCCAAAAAUAAGUGUAUGUGUACAUGUAUAUGCAUAGAGUAUGUAUCUAUAUAGUGUGUGUAUACCUGCUGUCUUCCAAAUAUAUAUAUUUGAAAGUAUAUAUACAGAGGGAGAGAGAGAGAGAGAGAGAGAGAGAGAGAGAGAGAGAGGACACCUCUGUGCAAAAUGUUACCAACUGAUGAAUCUAGAUGAAGUAUAGUGGGUCUUUAUUAUCCUAUUCAUGCACAUUUUCUAUCAAUUUGAAAGUGUUCAAAUUUAAAAGUUAGGGGGAAAAAAUUUAAAACAUUUUCACUUUUCAUUCCUAAAACACAGUUUUCUCUACAUGAAUCAAAACUGUUCCUAGGAGAGUUUCAUCUUUGUGUACAUUUGAGAAGAAAUCAAAGCCCAGAUAAUACAAAAAGCCAACGCCUGCACUGACUAUCACUGCUCUGGAAGGAAAGGAGACAGCCCAGGAGACCGCUCUGCAGGACGCCAGGGCACAGAGCUAUCUCGCCUUUGCGUCAGGUCUGGCCUUGCCACUCACUUGAGCCUGUUGGAAAGCUUGCUUCCGCACCACUGUGCCUUGGUUUUUGUCUUUCAAAUGAGGAAGUUGUACUAAUGAUUGAAAUUCAAUGGAAGCAGCAAGUAUUUGAGCACCUCCCAGGUGCCAGGCUCUGUGCCAAGCCCUGGGACUUGGCAGGGAUGAGAUGAUGUGGUCCCUGCUGUCACAGGCUUCACAGGGCAGGACAAUGUGGUGAGUGUUCAGGAAGGGGAAGUACAGGCUGCCGUGGGAGCAUGUGGCCAUCGGGUUUACCCUAACCGAGGGCGAGAGGGGAGCCUCCUUCCUCUCCAAAAGUGACAUUGAAGUGAAAAGCUUAAAGCUAUUUAGAGGUGAGUCCAAAGGAAGAGGGUGAGGAAAACACUCUUGUCUCAGGGAAGAGAAUGUUCAAAAACCCUGAGAUGGGGAAGAGGACUGAAUGAAAUCUCAAAUGGCUGAAAUGUUAGAGAAAUGUUAGAUCACCAAGGUCUCUGCUUCACGAUCCUUUGUCCCUUCAAGUGAUGUGCAGAACGACAUUGGGUCUUCUGUCUUCAUUCUGGUGGAGACUUACAGGCUUGGGAGGGUCUUUAAGAGAUUCUCUGCUUGUCGUGGGAUUUUCCUUUGGAUCCCCCAAUCAGAGGACAAACAACAUCACCAGGGUGUCUUUUCUGAGUCUUCCUAACUGCCCAGAUGGAGACGUGGCUGCUUCCUCCUCUGGGUCCUAAAGUACCUUGAAAAUGUCUGUUUCAACACCUGCUGCGUUGUAUAUUAAGGAUCAGUUUACUUGUCUGUCCUUUUUUUUUUUUUUUUACACCUAUGAGCUCUGUUGACUAUACUCCACUAAGUUCUGAGGAUGAGAAAAUCAAUAAAGGCAUAGUUCCCCCCUCAAGGAACUUAUGGACUAGAAGGGAAGAAAGAAAAGUAGAUAGGCAGUAACAAAGCUACUUGAGGAGGGAAACUGGGAUUCCUGGGAGCCCCUCAGAGGGGCAGAGAACAGACACAAGAAUAGCCAGAAAGCCCCCAUGAAAUGGAGUGCCUGGUUUUGGUUGGUUUCUGAGUCCUGACUGGGUCUGUCUUUGGGUUCCCCGAGGAUGCCUCUCUGUACCCUCACCUUAAAUCCUAUUCUCCCUUUUGACUUGUUGGUACAAGGAAGUUUCUGUUACUGGAAUCAGCCCUGCCUAAUAAAACUCUCAAAAAGAA